AACGUCUGCGAACAACACAGUAAACACUUCCGUGUGGCUAAAAGAGCUUUAGAGGACCAAACUCUGACAGUCUCGUCGUCGCCAAGAUUUAUGGAAAAGACUGCUAAUUUAGCCCUGAGGAAUUAGCCAGAGGAGUUGACUGGGAGUUGCUUUUUGCUAGUAAAAGUGGCGUUUCAGGCGAAUCAAUACAUACAAGUUGUAACAUCUGGACAGAUGUUAGCCUUGAAAGGCAUCAAUGGAGCAAAUGCGACUAAGUUGCCAGUUGAACACUUCGUGAUUGGUGGAUCAUCCUAGAUUAAACGGCGGGACUGGAAAAGUCAACUAUGCUAGUCAACUCUCAGCGUUGACUCUGGAACAGAAAUCUCUACCAUUCCUUUCCGUCUAGUUGAUGGCUAGACGUUCGAUGGCUAGCUCCUCGAGGAAGGGCGACGAAGGAUAAAAAUGAAUUCCGCUUACAACCGUACCUGUCGGCUUACUAUUUUAAGACUCUCUGAUCUUUGCAACCAUGACAUCAAGUUUGUGGUCGCUGCGGUGCGUAAGUUACAUUAAAAAUUAAAAUAACCUGUACCUCCCUGAAAAUCCUAUCCAUGCUCGGACAAGGUAAAGAGGCACUGGUCGGAGUCAAGAAAAGCUCUCAAAGUGGGAUUGUGACGAACAAGUUUAUUUCUUAAAACGCGUAGCUACUUGGGAAGCAUUUGCGAGAGCAAGCAAGACUUGGUGAAACACUCCAAUUAUGGAUUCUUCACUCAAACAGGCUUUAAGGAAACCUCCAUCGCGACGAACAGCAGAGGAUCUGAACAACAUCUACUGCCACCUUUACCACAUGGAUGUGCUGUCACACCUGAGAGAACACCAGCUCAGGUCCAUGUGCACCUCUGCCAGAUACGAGUGCUAUGAUGCCAACCACUUCCUGUUCUAUCCGGAUAACAUCUCCACAUGCUGGUACAUCCUCCUGUCCGGCUCGGUCUUCGUCAAGGAGCACAUGUACUUGGCGCGCUGCUGCUUCGGGAAGCAGCUGGGUGGACGACGAGGCUGUGAAUGCAUCACCUUAGAGCCGUCCGAAAUGAUUGUGGUGGACAACGGCAGCGAGGGGAGCGAGGACGCCACGCUGCAGAGGGACGGCUCGCACCGGCACUCCCGCCGCCGCUUCAGACGGGUCAACAACCGCGGGGAGCGCGAGCUCAUCACCGACGGACAGGACCCCCCCGCCAGACCGGCCACGGACUAUGCUGAUCACCAGCUUCCUGGAGACCUCAACAAAAUGCAUCUCACAGACCACCCCCACCAGCAGAUGAUGCACAUGGCUCCCAGCCAGUCAGGGUGCAGCAUCGCCAGUGACUCCGGCAGCAGCAGCCUAUCGGAUAUCUACCAGGCCACAGAGAGCGAGGUGGGAGAUGUGGACCUGUCGGGGCUGCCAGAGGCCGCCGUGGACUCUGAGGAAGAGGAGGAGGAAGACGAAGACCUGGAGCGGGCCACGGACCCUCUGCUGGGGCGAGACCUGGUGCGCGAGUGUCUGGAGAAGGACCCGGCUGACCGCACCGACGACGACAUCGAGCAGCUCCUGGAGUUCAUGCACCAGUUGCCUGCGUUUGCCAACAUGACGAUGUCUGUGAGGAGGGAGCUGUGCACCGUCAUGGUGUUCGAGGUGGUGGAGCAGGCGGCCACCGUCAUCCUGCAGGACAGACAAGAGCUGGACCUGUGGUACGUGAUCGUGAACGGCUCGGUGGAGAUCGGCCACGCGGACGGCCGCGCGGAGCUCCUGUGCAUGGGCAACAGCUUCGGCAUCUCGCCCUCGCUGGACAAGCAGUACAUGAGCGGCCUGGUGCGCACCAAGGGGGACGACUGCCAGUUUGUGUGCAUCGCCCAAGAGGACUACUGGCGCAUCCUCAACCAUGUGGAGAAGAACACGCACAAGGUGGAGGAGGAGGGCGAGAUCGUCAUGGUGAAGGAGCACCGGGAGCUGGACCGCAGCGGGACGCGCAAGGGACACAUCGUCAUCAAGGGGACACCGGAGCGUCUGAUCAUGCACCUGGUGGAGGAGCCGUCGGUGGUGGACCCCACCUACAUCGAGGACUUCCUGUUGACCUACCGCACCUUCCUGUCCAGCCCGAUGGACGUUGGCCGCAAGCUGCUGGAAUGGUUCAAGAUGGACACCCUCCGAGACACGGUCACAAGAAUAGUGCUCUUGUGGGUGAACAACCAUUUCAACGACUUUGAAGGGAACCCAGAAAUGACCCACUUCCUAGAGGACUUUGAGAAGCAUCUUGAAAGAGAGAAGAUGAAGGGCCACCUGCGGCUGCUGAACAUCGCGUGCGCUGCCAAGGCCAAGUGGCGGCAGGUGACGCUGCAGAAGCCGUCUCGUGAGUCCCCGCUGCUCUUCUCCCUGCUGGGGGGCAGCGAGCGCGGAUUCGGCAUCUUCGUGGAGGCCGUGGAGGAGGGCAGCAAGGCGGCCGAGGCAGGACUCAAGCGAGGAGACCAGAUUAUGGAAAUCAAUGGGCAGAACUUUGAGACCAUCUCCUAUUCCAAGGCCAUGGACUUCCUGAGGAAUAACACACACCUCUCCCUGACUGUAAAGACCAACAUAUUCGUCUUCAAGGAGCUGCUGAGCCGGCUCCUCCACGAGAAGAAGAACGGCGGUCCGCACCUGCCCAAGAUCCAGGAGAAGAAGGGCAGCCGCCUCUCCAUCCCCGACCUGCCCGGCGACAUGGAGUUCCCCACCGACAGCAGGAGCCACAGGAAGCUCAAGGCCAACACCGUGUCCGGCGGACGCAACAAGAUCCGCAAGAUGCUGGAGAAGACCCGCUUCAGCAUCCUCCCGCCCAAGCCCUUCAGUGACGGCGGUGUGGGCCAGUCUCAGGACGACAGCAUCGUGGGCACCAAGCAGGCGCGCCACAGCCUGGCCAUCAUGCCCAUCCCCGGCAGCCUGUCGUCCAGCAGCCCAGACCUGCUGCAGCCCGCCACCAGCGUCCUGGACUUCUCCAACCCCUCAGACAUUCCGGACCAGGUGAUCCGCGUGUUCAAGGCGGACCAGCAGAGCUGCUACAUCAUCAUCAGCAAGGACACGACGGCGAAGGACGUGGUGUCGCACGUGGUGCACGAGUUCGGGCUGCUGGCGGCGUCCGACACCUACUCGCUGUGCGAGGUGUCCAUCAGCCCCGAGGGCGUCAUCAAGCAGCGCCGCCUCCCCGACCAGCUCGCCAAACUCGCCGACCGCAUCCAGCUCAACGGCAGGUACUACCUGAAGAACAACAUGGAGACGGAGACGCUGUGCUCGGACGAGGACGCCCAGGAGCUGCUGCGUGAGAGUCAGAUCAGCCUGCUGCAGCUCAGCACCGUGGAGCUGGCCGCCCAGCUCUCCAUGCGCGACUUCGACCUCUUCCGCAACAUCGAGUCCACCGACUACGUGGAGGACCUCUUCAAGCUGGACCCCGCGUCCCGGGCCAGAGGAGGGGGAGGAGGAGGAGGGGACGACGGCGGUCACCCCGGCACCCGGCUGAAGCAGUUUGAGGAGAUCAUCAACCAGGAGACGUUCUGGGUGGCCACGGAGAUCCUGCGCGAGCCCAACGCCAUGAAGCGCAUGAAGACCAUCAAGCUCUUCAUCAAGAUCGCCCUGCACUGCCGCGAGUGCAAGAACUUCAACUCCAUGUUCGCCAUCAUCAGUGGUCUGAACCUGGCUCCGGUGGCUCGUCUGCGGGGCUCGUGGGAGAAGCUGCCCAGCAAGUACGAGAAGCUGUUCCGCGACCUGCAGGACAUCUUCGACCCGUCGCGCAACAUGGCCAAGUACCGCAACGUGCUGAGCAGCCAGAGCAUGCAGCCGCCCAUCAUCCCCCUCUUCCCCGUGGUCAAGAAGGACCUCACCUUCCUGCACGAGGGGAACGACUCGAGCGUGGACGGCCUGGUGAACUUCGAGAAGCUGCGGAUGAUCGCCAAGGAGAUCCGGCACGUGGUGCGCAUGACCUCGGCCAACAUGGACCCCGCCCUCAUGUUCCGCCAGAGGUCCCUGAGUCAGGGCAGCACUAACUCCAACAUGUUAGACGUGCAGAUGGGGGCCCAUAAGAAGCGUGUGCGGCGCAGCUCGCUGCUAAACGCCAAGAAGCUCUAUGAGGACGCGCAGAUGGCACGCAAGGUCAAGCAGCACCUGUCCAACCUGCAGGUGGAGCACGACGAGGACAAGUUCCACAUCAUGUCCCUGCAGUGUGAACCCGCAUACAGCACAUUGUCUAAGAAUCUGAGUGAGAGGAGGUCCACUAAGUCGGACAUGUCUCCCGUGUCUCUGCGCUCAGCCCUGCCCUCGGGGAAGUCCCAGAACCGCGUCUCCCAAGUGCUGCAGGUGCCGCCCGUCAGCCUGUACGGCCCGCUCCGCAAGAAGAGCCUGGCCAAAGACCUGGCGCACAACUCGGGUUCUCCCCAGGUGCAGAAGAAGGCGUCGGGUGCGGGCGAGGACUGGAGUGGGAAGCGUGCGGAGGACAGCGUGUCCAUCGCCUCCUCUCUGCACCCCAGCCCCACGGUGUCCCCACAGGGCUCUCCGCGCAAAGGCUCCAAAGCGGGCAGCGUCAGCAGUGGCACUGGAACUGGCGGCGGUGGCAGCGUUGGGCCUGGAGGUCCCGGGCGCAGCUACGGCAUAGGCUACGCGCUGAUGCCGGCGGGGAGGGCGGACGUGUCGGACUCGAGCCACAGCGAGAUGUCGUCGCGCUCCAGCGUGGUCAGCAACUGCUCCGUGGACUCCAUGCUGGCGGCCGCAGCGGAGGAGCGAGGAGCCUCCAGCCACCAGCGGCCCUGCAGCGCCCCCGACGCCAGCACCGCACACACACACACACACACACACACACUCCCCCACGCCGACGCCAGUCAGCCCUGCACAAGUUCGUCGGCGUCUCGGCCCUCGGUGACGCGCGCCGCCACGUUCACGUCGUCGAUGAGCACGGACGAGCUGGCGCCGGACCACGGCUCCUCGGUGGUGGAGACGGCGGACAGCGGGCGCGGCAGCUGGACCUCGUGCUCCAGCAACUCGCACGACAGCUUCCAGAGCGCCUCCCUGCCCGCCCAGCGCGCCCUGCUCGACCUGCCCGCCUACCGCCACUCACAGCUAGGGGGCGCCAUCGCCGAGGUGGAGCCCACCGCCGCCACCGCCACCGCUACUGCCACCUCCUGGACGGAGGACGCCAACGCCGCCGCCAACCGCCACUCCGAGCUCAACCCGUCGCGGCAGAGCUGGGCGUCAUCCAGCUCGCUGUCGGACACCAGCUACGAGGGCAACUACGGGACCGUCAAGCGGCGGGCGGCCGAGCAGUCGGGGGCGCAGGGGGGCGGGGGGGAGUCCUCGGAGGGGUCACAGGGGUCGGACGCCAGCUACAAGACCGUCACGUCCAGCACAGACAAGGGCCUGAUAGUGUACUGUGUAACGUCGCCCACCAAGGACGACAGGUUCAGGUUGCCGCCGCCCACUCCGCCGGGGUACCAGGGGCUGGCGCUGCUCGGCGACGCGCAGGAGGGGGGAGCGCCCGCCGCCGUGGCGAUGGUGGCCAUGGCGAUGGCGCGGCCGGCCCACUUGCGGCCGCCCGACUAUAGCGUGGCGCUGCAGAGGUCAAAGCUGGUGCCCAGCCGGCCGCCCAGCGUGGCCCUCAGCGCCGGCCCUCAGACGCUAGCCGAUAGUGAGGAUGAUGAACAGGUCUCGGCAGUGUAACUGCACACACUCCGCAGGUGGACGGCACUGGACGGCACUGGACGGACGAGUGAGACGGAGAGAGGAGAGUGGUCUCACGAGCUAGAACACCGCUGGGAUCACUGUGGCCCCCCCUCCAGACAAGAGCACACACACACACACACACACACACACACACACACACCUCACGUACACCUCGACCUGCUCACAGUGCAGCCUCACCUUGGCCCAUCACAAACAGUGUCACACACACACACACAAACACAUGCACACACACAAACACACGCGCGCGCACACACACACACAAACACACGCACACUCAAACACACGCACACACACACACACAUAGACUUGUUUUUAGGCCGUUCAUAGUAGUGGACGGCUUGUUUUUAACUCACCUUGCCUCAGGCUCCAGAACUGAACUGAAUGGAUAGCACAGGAUGGAGUGUGUGUGUGUGCGUGUGUGUGUUCAAUAUCAUGGCUUCUUGUGCAGAAGAGGGGGAAAAAAACCCAAUCCAUGAUGACAACCUUGGCUUUAUUUUUUCAUGGUUUGCUUUUGUAACAGUACCUCUGUUGUAUGUGACCACACUUAGCUCACCCUCAGCUGCAGACUGCAACAGCGUGAUUGAAGGGUUCAGCUCGUAGAUUCUGUAGCCGAGCUCCAAGUAGGACUCGAGAGGGCGGCUGUAAUGGAGAAAAACGAGCCAGCGCCACUUUUCCAUCGUGCGCUCUUUAGCCGCGCCGUGCUGCGCUCGCUGUGGUUCCGGCAGUUUCCGUAAACACUUGCGCCAGAGCAUCCCAGGGGCAGACCCACGCUUGCAUCACAGUGUUUACAUUCAAUUGUGUAAAGUAGGAUUGAAAUGUGAUGGUCUGUUGCCAGCCCAGCUGGCCCCAAUGCUACAAUUUUGUUUUGUGUUUGGAUUUAAACAUAUCAGUCAUUCAGAUUUCAAGAAAGAACCGUUUUGUUUUUAAGGUGCCAUUUUGAAAAGCGCUAAAUUCAAGGGGACUAGCUGUGGGAUAAUGGGCGACACGUCACGCUCACUCUGGUAGCAGGCGUUUGAAGUGACGCUAGUUAUAAUAUUUGGUCUUUGGAGUUUACUGCUAAAGGUCUGUGGAGGGUGACCUGGACUGGGCAGGUAUGGCAUGGGUGUCUAGCCUAGUCCAGAAAGGUCUCUCUACAGACCCUUUGGAGAGGAAAUCAAGCCUACUGGGAGUGUCGGGAGUGUCUGAGAGACAGGGCAUCCUCCGAUCAAGGCGUCCACAUCCACAUUAGAGACUCGCUAAUGAGUCCGUAUGAAUUAGACAAGCUCCUCUAGUGUGCACUGGAUCACAGGAGAGUCUUGGCAAGGCUGUCUGUCCCUGGUGUAAGCGUCUAUUGAAACCAGUCUCUCCUCCCACUGUCUGUCCCAUUUUGGCUCUGUGUGCGUCUGCUUUAACAAAAGAGACAUGAGGUACGGACUGCAUGCUGCAAACGCUCCUCUCAGUAGGACUCAACACCUGUAGGAGUCACAAACAGAACAAAGCAUCAACAAAAUACAAGCAAAAGCUUUCUUUCAAUGCAGUUGUACAUAUAUAUAUAUAUAUAUAUAUAUAUAUAUAUA